AUGGCUUCCAAGAUCCUGCUCUCCGUCCUCCUCCUCGCCGCGGCCUCUCCCGCGGCGCUGGCAGCCUUCGACGUGAUCCAGAUGCUGGUGGACAAGCCCCAGUACGCCGGGUUCUCUAAGCUCCUGGCGCAGACCAACGUGGCGGCGGAGGCCAACCAGCUCCGCGCGGCGUCGCUGCUGGUGGUCCCCGACAAGGCCGUCCAGACCCUGGCGUCGCUGCCCGCCGACAAGCUUCGGGCGGCGGUGGCGAACCACGUCCUCCUCAGCUACUUCGAUCCCAUCAAGCUGGACGAGAUGAAGAGCCGCACCGCGAUGCUCCCCACGCUCCUGUCCAACACCGACAAGGCCCUCGGCGUGCUCAACUACUCCAGGGCCGACGACGGGCAGAUGUACUUCGGCGCCCCCGGCGUGCCCUGCGUCGCCAAGCUCGUCAAGGUCGUCGCCGCGCGCCCCUACUCCGUGUCCAUCAUGGAGGUCAGCGAGCCCAUCCUGCCGCCAGGGUUCGGCAAACCCGUCGCCGCGCCCGGCCGCCGCGGCAAGGGUGGAAGAGGUGGCAGGGGUGGCAAGGGCAAGAUCAAGACGGCGUCGGCGGCCGGCCUUGACGAGUCCAAGAAGGCCACCGUGGAAGCAGCAGCGGGCAAGGCGUCCCCAGGCAGCCCCGGAUCCGCUGCGCCCGCUCCAGUACCCGCCUCUUAGUCGCCUGGCGCCUAGCGCCGCUGGCCAGCCGGCCGGCAUGUCUGCGCGCGUUGAGGAACGGAGCACCAGAAUGGAUGACCUAUAGAAAGGACGUACCUGGUAGCACCGUAUUACGACAGCUCGUCGCGAUUGCUUUUUUUUGCAUUUGGCUUGCUUGUAAUUUUCAGUACCGUGUAAGAGAGAUUUUACAGUACCAUGUACUCCACGAGAGAAAUCGUCUAAGUUAUUA